AUGCUAGCAUUUCUACUCGGAUUUGUUCAACUUCAAAGCCAAGUACCAGAUCCACCAGUCAUUCGUUAUAUUCGGGGAAAGAAUAUUUUAUAUUGGGAGAACUUAACAUUGCAUUGUGCCGUAUCUGGCGCUAAACCUCUCACAGUCCAAUGGAUGAAAGAUGAUCAUGUUAUUCCUUCAAAAGGACCUGUUCACUUAGAUCAACAUACAACCAAUUGUCUGGAUGAUAUCAAUUGCACCAUUGCAACCCUACGUGUUGAUUCUCUAAGUUCCAAAGAAGUAGGAGACUAUAUUUGUGCUAGUACCAAUAAAGACAAUAAUGCCUCUGCUCGAAUUUACGUCAAAAAACAAAGGAUUUUUAAUGGAGUCUCACAAGUAUCAAGUUCUGUAUUGGUAGAAAAAGCAUCGCUGAUUCAUAUGCAAGCUAUCGUUCGCGACUUAUGUUCUAGAAAAACUCAUUUUCUAUUUUGUAAAUUAGAUAAUUAUCAGAUUAUACCAACUGAGACAGUCAUCAUAAACUUUAUUGCUUUAACGCCAUUUGAAGUACGAAAGGAAGAUUUAACCAGAAGGGACAGAACUACGCAAAUUAAUGGCAUUUAUGUCAAUAUUGAUAGCAUAGGAUAUCAAGAGAUUUACGAUUUAUAUGAAGCAGAAAAAAAUAUUUCCAUCUUUGACUUCUGGAAUGCGAUAUAUGUCCCCGUGCAAAAUUUUGAAGUAGCUCAGGGUUUCACUGUUAAUCUUCGCUGCCAAACACAGCCAGUACGCCAUGGCAAAUUGACGUGGUGGAGAGGAGAUACACAAUUGCAUAAUGUGCCUAAUAAAAUCGAUAUUUUCCAUGGAGAAAAUCAUACCGUUUUGACUAUUCAUCAAUUUGAGGAAAUAGAUGACGAAAUUUACACAUGUGCUAUUAAAUCGAUGAACAGAGUAGAUAAAAUUCAAGUUAAAGUAAAUUAUAAUCCUGAAAUUAGGCGUCCCAUUGUUCAGUCUUACCCUGCAACCGUUUUUGAAGGUGAAACUGCUACUGUCCGCUGUGAUGUUAAUAACAACGUUCCAGGUGUUACUAAAGUUUUAUUGCCAGUCCAGUUUAGCUGGUUUAUUAAUGGAGAGGAAAUUUUUAACAGCCGUCAAUAUAUUAUAAAAUAUGAAAAAUUGUCAUCAGAAUUAAGUAUAAUAGCGAUCCAAUUUUCUGCCCAGCCUGUAAACAUAACAUGUGAAGCGAGCAAUAAAAUUGGAGGUUCAUCAAUUAAAACUAAGAUAACCACCUUAAGUAAAGCUGUCAAAGAAGUAUGCCAACCGUUAGAGGAAGAUAGAGUAAUUUGGCCUCUGACCAGGGUAGGGGAAAAGGCUUCCUCAAAUUGUCCUCCAGGAGCUGCUGGCGUUGCUGUCCGUGAAUGCAUUAAACGGUCGGAUGGAGAGAUUCUAUUUGGUGAUGCAGAUUUUACCGAUUGUGUAUCAGCCGAGUUCGCGCAACUGCUAUCCCAGACGGAUAAGAAUUUGACCGUAGAGGCUGCUGCUGGAGCCGUUAGAAAACUUGUCAAUAUUACUGAGUCUUCGAAUUCUAUGUUGGGUGGCGAUCUAAUCGCGACCAAUUCAAUAAUGAAAAAGAUUGCUGACUCUGGAAACAAUAAAAAUGAUAUUCCUUUAGAAGAGAGCGAUAACAUGGUUAAAGUUGCAAAUAAUGUUUUGAACCUCAAGAACUCGAUUGCUUGGCAAAACGUUCAGAAGAAACAAGUAGGUUCGAUGACGGUGACUGAAAAUUUAGAAAAAUUUGGAUUCAAUAUCAAUAUAACUGUCAAUAAAAAUGUAACUAUCGAUACAGAAAACAUAGGUGAUAGAAAAUCCGUCACAGUUGUUAACGCAGCUUAUAAAUCACUAAAUAGGCUUCUGCCAAACAGUGUAGCUUGCGAUGAUAGCCAAAACUUAGGGAACGUAAAAACGUGCGUUAACUCUAUGAUCAUUUCAAGUACCACUGAUGCACCUCAACACGACAAUUUUGCUGAACCUGUGGAAAUUACUUUGUCUCACAAUACACUUUAUACUAAAGAUCGUUUCGAGAAAGUGGAUUGUGUAUUCUGGGAUAAGAAUUUGAAAUACCUUAAAAGAGUCCAAGCUGUAUUCCAUCUUAAUCUAUCUUUAACAUUGCUACUGGCAAAUUUACUUCUGUUAACUGGGUUGGAUAAGGUUAACAGUACGAAUUUCUGCAUUGCUGUAGCAUUUACGCUACAUUUCCUGUUUCUAUCGGCGUUCAUGUGGAUGUUGAUGGAAGCUGCCAAUAUCUACUUUAUGGUCAACGACGUUUUUAGUAACCGAAUGACUAAAUUACGCUACUACAUCGCACUUUCCUACGGACUUCCGCUGCUAACGGCCACUAUUGUUAUUGCUGCUAUUGGUUCAACAUUGGGUCUAAAAUACUAUACAAACAAAUAUGCGUAA